UCAUCUCAAAAACGGCAUCUUAAGAAAAAAAAUCUAUACCUACCACUUCGAACUAACUCUUCUCUAUCGCAACUAGAAAUUGGGGAUUAGCUUGGGAAACUUCGCCGGAGAUUCAUACGUCGUCGUUUUUGGUCCCUUUAUCUCGUCCGUCCAUGGCGUUGCUGAAGUCCUUUAUCGAUGUUGGCUCAGACUCACACUUCCCUAUCCAGAAUCUCCCUUAUGGUGUCUUCAAACCGGAAUCGAACUCAACUCCUCGUCCUGCCGUCGCUAUCGGCGAUUUGGUUCUGGACCUCUCCGCUAUCUCCCAAGCUGGACUUUUCGAUGGUCCGAUCCUUAAGGACGCCGAUUGCUUCCUUCAGCCUAAUUUGAAUAAGUUCUUGGCUAUGGGACGGCCUGCGUGGAAGGAAGCGCGUUCUACGCUUCAAAGAAUAUUGUCAUCUAAUGAACCUAUCUUGCGAGACAAUGAUGUUUUGAGGAGAAAGUCAUUCUAUGAGAUGAGUAAAGUGGAAAUGAUUGUUCCUAUGGUCAUUGGGGACUAUACAGACUUCUUUGCAUCUAUGCAUCACGCGAAGAACUGUGGGCUUAUGUUUCGUGGGCCUGAGAAUGCGAUAAACCCAAAUUGGUUUCGUCUUCCCAUUGCAUAUCAUGGACGGGCAUCAUCUAUUGUCAUCUCUGGGACCGACAUUAUUCGACCAAGAGGUCAGGGCCAUCCACAAGGAAACUCUGAACCAUAUUUUGGUCCUUCGAAGAAACUUGAUUUUGAGCUUGAGAUGGCUGCUGUGGUUGGUCCAGGAAAUGAAUUGGGAAAGCCUAUUGACGUGAAUAAUGCAGCCGAUCAUAUAUUUGGUCUAGUACUGAUGAAUGACUGGAGUGCUAGGGAUAUUCAGGCGUGGGAGUAUGUACCUCUUGGUCCUUUCCUGGGGAAGAGUUUUGGGACUACGGUAUCCCCUUGGAUUGUUACCUUGGAUGCGCUUGAGCCUUUCGGUUGUCAAGCUCCCAAGCAGGAUCCACCUCCAUUGCCAUAUUUGGCUGAGAAAGAAUCUGUAAAUUAUGAUAUCUCCUUGGAGGUUCAACUUAAACCUUCUGGGAAAGAUGAUUCUUGUGUAAUAACAAAGAGCAACUUCCAAAACUUAUAUUGGACCAUAACGCAGCAGUUAGCACACCAUACCGUGAACGGUUGCAAUUUGAGGCCUGGUGAUCUCCUUGGCACCGGAACCAUAAGCGGACCGGAGCCAGAUUCAUAUGGGUGCCUUCUUGAGUUGACUUGGAAUGGACAGAAACCUCUAUCACUCAACGGAACAACUCAGACGUUUCUCCAAGACGGAGACCAAGUCACCUUCUCAGGUGUAUGCAAGGGAGAUGGUUACAGUGUCGGGUUUGGAACAUGCACAGGGAAAAUUGUUCCUUCGCCGCCUUGAUCAGCUCUCGCCGGAGAUUUCUAUAAUCACGAUUAUCAUGAUUAAGCACUUGUGGUAUGGAUAUGAUUAAGUAGAUAACCCCAUCGGAUUCAUAAUAAAAACAUCUCGAUAUUGGCGUAAUAUGUUAUUGAAUCUUUUAUAAAGAAAGACAACGGAAUAUUAAUAACUUUCAAUAUGAAAGCGAUAUUCAUCGA